AAGUUUCCAGACUCUGCGAAAUUGCAGAAGUGGGUUCUUUACAUAUCAUCAUGUUAACUUGUAAAAUUGACUUUUCUUAAGUUAAACUGUGAAUUGAAAAUUUACAACUACAUGAGCUUCUUCUCAUCACUUCGUGGCAACUGAGCAUUGUUGGCAUUUAUAAUACCGAUCGCAGUUUCCGUUCUCGACUGUUAGGUAAGUGUGUGUCUACAUUAGAUCCAUUUUAUUGUUCUGUUGAUUUUCCAUCUCCGCAUGGCAGCUGAUUUUGCGAAGGUGGGAAUCAUUUGUGGCUGUGUUCUACUCACAUUGACCUAUCAAAAAUUCAAGAGAAAAUUUUGCCAGAUUAUGGUCCUGGAAUUGUAGUUUUGAGGUUCAGUGCUUGAUGGCAUGGUCAUGGGGGCACACUAGAUUCUCAAGAUGGCUAACCCGUCAUGUGAAUGCUAAGAUGCGAGGGUCUAGACACUUGCCACAGCGAUAACAGUAUUUGAGAGAAGCAGCAACAGCAGCGCUGACACUCAAGAGUCAACACAGUCCAAACCGGUUCCCUCAACCCGAGUCGACCGAUUCGUUAACAAGUCUUCUUUAUAAGACCGAGACAGCUUCAAUUCCAAACUCAAACUCAAAUCACACAGCAAACAAACAAAAACAUGGGAUUUUGGAGAACUUUCACAUCAAUUUUGAUUCUGAACUUAUUCUGGUCAAAACCCAUAUCUUCAAAUUCAUUGAGUUCAGCAGAAUUAUCAGAAAUUCCAACCAGUUUCUUAAACUAUGCUAAACAACCAGAGCUUGUGAACUUAAUGAUUGAUGCUAGAAGAAGAAUUCAUGAAAACCCAGAACUUGCAUUUGAAGAAUUUGAGACUGGCAAAUUGAUUAGAGAUGAAUUAGAUAAAAUGGGUAUUGCUUAUAAGCAUCCAAUUGCUGUUACUGGUGUAGUAGGUAUGAUUGGUACUGGUGAACCACCAUUUGUUGCUAUUAGAGCUGAUAUGGAUGCCCUUGCUAUGCAGGAGAGUUAGAGUGGGAUCAUAAAAGUAAAAUUCCUGGAAAGAUGCACGCUUGUGGACAUGAUGCUCAUGUUGCAAUGCUUCUUGGUGCAGCAAAAAUCCUUCAAGAUCAUCGCCAUGAAUUGAAGGGAACUGUACUCCUAGUUUUCCAACCAGCCGAGGAAGGAGCAGGGGGAGCAAAGAAAAUAGUAGAAGAUGGAAUAUUAGACAAUAUGAUGCUAUCUUUGGGCUCCACGUCUCGAUUCACUUACCAAUUGGCUCGGUUGCUUCCAGACCCGGUGCUCUGCUUGCUGGGAGCGGCUUUUUUGAGGCAGUAAUUAGCGGAAAGGGAGGUCAUGCAGCGAUCCCCCAGCAUACCAUUGAUCCUAUUGUUGCCGCAUCAAAUGUAAUUGUUAGCUUGCAACAUCUUGUCUCACGCGAAGCUGAUC